GCGCGGCGCGGCGCGGAGGAAGUGCCGUCUUCGCUGCCUCGGCCGCCUCAGGCGCCUCAGGCGCGCCGCGGGUCGCCUCAGCCGGGCGGGCCGCGAUGUCUUCCCGGCCCGGGCGUGACGACGCGCGAGCCGGAGGCGCGCGGCGGCCGCGGGAGUCAGCCGAGCAGGAGCUGCAGCGGCGCCGAGAGCAGAAGCGGCGGCGGCACGACGCGCAGCAGCUGCAGCAGCUCAAGCACCUGGAGUCCUUUUAUGAAAAACCUCCUCCGGGGCUUAUCAAGGAAGAUGAGACUAAGCCGGAAGACUGUAUACCAGAUGUACCAGGCAACGAACAUGCCAGGGAAUUUCUGGCUCAUGCACCAACUAAAGGACUUUGGAUGCCACUCGGGAAAGAAGUCAAAGUUAUGCAGUGUUGGCGUUGUAAACGGUAUGGUCACCGAACAGGCGACAAAGAAUGCCCUUUCUUUAUCAAAGGCAACCAAAAGUUAGAACAGUUCAGAGUAGCACAUGAAGAUCCUAUGUAUGAUAUCAUACGAGAGAAUAAAAGACAUGAAAAGGACAUAAGGAUACAGCAGUUAAAACAGUUACUGGAGGAUUCCACCUCCGAUGAAGAUGGGAGCAGCUCCAGCUCCUCAGAAUGUAAAGAGAAACACAAGAAAAAGAAGAAGAAAGAAAAGCAUAAGAAAAGGAAAAAAGAAAAGAAGAAGAAGAAAAAACGAAAGCAUAAGUCUUCCAAGUCGAAUGAGAGCUCAGACUCGGACUAAGACUUGACCUAUUCCAUGUUCUCCUCUCAAAAAUCAGACACUGUGGCCCCAGACCAGAGGGUGUGGAAUCGGGGAGGACUUGGAGACCCCAAGAGAGCAGGGCAUUCGGUGUCACGCGUGUGAAUUCUCACCUGCCUUCCAGCAAAGACGUGACCCCCGGAGGGUGAGUUGUGUCUUCCCUGGUGCUGGCUCUGGACAACGGCUGAUUUCAGGCAGGAAAGCAUUGUUCAAUGUCUUCCUCCCACUGAUCCCUGCAGUUUGUGAUUCCUUCCAGCUGCCUCUGCCAGGGGGGUGAGACUGAGGGAAUGAGUCUCUGAGGAAGCUUCAGGUGCUGCUGCAGCCUUCCCCUCCCCCCGGGAGCGUUCCCAGAAUUCCCAGAGACUCCAGCGUGGCUUUUCUCUGUUGUUGAGGAUAAUAAAAGCUCAUUAUUUAUUUUUUAAA